GGAAGAGCAAGAUCUCUUUCUGUCCUGCUUACCAUACCUUGAGAGGACGCAGUGAGAAGGCAGCUGACCGCAAACCCAGCAUUAAGGCACUGAAAGGAUUUUUACAGUGGUGAUAUAUCACACAGUUAUGGAUGAGCAAAAGGGCAUCAUAAAGAGCUCCUAACAUAAUAUAUUGAUCUAACACAACUAAAGAGUCCAUCUAAAGGGGAAGAAGGAAUGGACUCUGACUCUUGAGGAAUGAGAUGGAUCACUUUCUAUAAAGGAGGAAGAAGAAAGAACACACAUGAGGUGUUUCACAAUGAAGAAAAUACUAGAACAUCUGGGAAAAGACUUCUUAGUGAUUUUAAAACUCCACUGAGACAGAUUUGGACCCUCACAGAAACCCAAGAUCUACUACGUCUAGGACACCCCGUCCUUCACAAUAAGGUCAUCUGGAUUGCCAGCUUGAUCCAGAGCUCACAGCACUGGCUGUCCCUGCCCCUCAGCCUCCUCUUCCUCCUGGCCAUGGGGGCCAAUGUCAUCCUCCUGAUCACCAUCCGGACUGAGGCCUCCCUGCACGAGCCCAUGUACUACCUGCUCAGCCUCCUCUCCCUCCUGGACAUCGUGCUCUGCCUGACUGUCAUCCCCAAGGUCCUGGCCAUCUUCUGGUUUGACAGCAAAUCCAUCAGCUUCUCUGCCUGCUUCCUUCAGAUGUUCAUCAUGAACAGUUUCCUAGCCAUGGAGUCUUGCACCUUCAUGGUCAUGGCCUAUGAUCGCUAUGUGGCCAUCUGUCACCCACUGCAGUACCCUUCCAUCAUCACUGGCCAGUUUGUGGCCAGGGCUGCCACCUUUAUUAUAACCCGGAAUGCCAUCUUUUCUCUUCCUGUUCCUGUCCUCUCUGCCAGAUUAAGAUACUGUGCAGGGAAUGUCAUCACAAACUGCAUCUGUACUAACCUGUCUGUGUCCAAAUUGUCCUGUGAUAACAUCACCUUCAAUAGGCUCUACCAGUUUGUGGCAGGAUGGACGCUGCUGGGUUCAGACCUCAUCCUCAUUGUUCUCUCCUAUGUUUUUAUCUUGAAAGUUGUCCUAAGGAUCAAGGUUGAGGGUGCUGUGGUGAAGGCUCUGAGCACUUGUGGUUCCCACUUCAUCCUCAUCCUCUUCUUCAGCACGGUUCUACUGGUUCUGGUCAUCACUAACCUGGCCAGGGAGAAAAUUCCCCCAGAUGUCCCCAUCCUGCUCAACAUCCUGCAUCACCUUCUUCCCCCAGCUCUGAACCCCAUUGUUUACGGUGUGAGAACCAAGGAGAUCAAGCAAGGAAUCCAGAAUCUGCUGAGGCGAUUGUAA